GCCCGCUUGCUCCGAGCCUAGCUGUCCGUCCAUCCGUGUCUGUCUAGCUACCCGUCGAGCUCACUCCCUCGGGGACCCCGGACGCGAAGAGGAGGAGGAGCAGAGGACAGACGCAAUGCCGUCGUCGGGGAUCACCGCGGUGGACGCGGCGGCCAAGGGGAUGAAGCUGGAGCGCUACGCGAGCGGCGGCGCGCUGAUGCUUCGGCGGGCCACCAGCGCCAAGAUCGUGUCGGCGUCCUCGCACCUGCUCUUCCGCGCCACCGUGCUCGCUACGCUCGCGCUCGUCUUCCUCUUCACGCUGCACUACCCGUCCCUCCUCUUCCGCUCCUUCCACCUCUCCGCCGGCGGCGGCGGCCCAGGUGGCGCCCACUCUGCCUCGCACCGCAGCCUCCUCAUGUCGUCCUCUUCGACGUCGGCGUCGUACGGGGGCGCCGCGUGGGAGAAGGAGAUGCGGCAGAGCGCCAGGCCGAGCCGCGACGGCGGGAUCUCCGUGCUGGUCACCGGCGCCGCCGGGUUCGUGGGCACGCACUGCUCGCUCGCGCUCAAGGCCCGCGGCGACGGCGUCGUCGGCCUCGACAACUUCAACUCUUACUACGACCCGUCGCUGAAGCGCGCCCGGCAGGCGCUCCUGGCUAGCCGGGGCGUCGCGGUGGUCGACGCUGACAUCAACGACGGCCUGCUGCUGGAGAAGCUCUUCGACGUGGCGGCGUUCACGCACGUGCUGCACCUGGCGGCGCAGGCCGGCGUGCGUUACGCCAUGGAGGCGCCGCAGACCUACGUGGCGUCCAACGUGGCCGGGCUCGUCAGCGUCUUCGAGGUGGCGGCCAAGCACGCCGACCCGCAGCCGGCGAUCGUCUGGGCCUCCUCGUCGUCGGUGUACGGGCUCAACACCGACGCGCCCUUCUCCGAGGACCACCGCACCGACCGCCCGGCGUCGCUGUACGCGGCCACCAAGAAGGCCGGCGAGGCCAUCGCGCACACCUACAACCACAUCUACGGCCUCUCCAUCACCGGCCUCCGCUUCUUCACCGUCUACGGGCCGUGGGGCCGCCCCGACAUGGCCUACUUCUUCUUCGCCCGCAGCAUCGUCGCCGGCGAGCCCAUCACGCUCUUCCGCGCCGCCGAUGGCUCCGACGCGCGCCGCGACUUCACCUACAUCGACGACGUCGUCAAGGGCUGCCUCGGCGCUCUCGACACCGCCGGCAAGAGCACCGGCUCCAAGUCCGGCAAGAAGAGCGGGCCCGCGCCGCUCCGCGUCUACAAUCUCGGCAACACCUCCCCCGUGCCCGUCACCCGGAUGGUCGCCAUCCUCGAGAAGCUCCUGGGUAAGAAGGCCAACAAGCGCAUCGUCACCAUGCCCAGCAACGGCGACGUGCCCUUCACCCACGCCAACGUCAGCCACGCCGCCCACGACUUCGGCUACCGCCCCACCACCUCCCUCGAGGCCGGCCUCCGGCACUUCGUCGACUGGUUCGUGCAGUACUACAAGCUCGACAUCAAGAUCGCCAAGGGCGCACGCAGCGCCGCCGACAAGCCCGCCAAGAAGAAGAAGGCCGCGGCGGCCAUGUCGGCGGCGUCGUGAUCGAUCAUUCAAUCAAGCACAGCACACAGAGACAGAGCACCACCACAACAACACCAAGUCACCAAGUGUGUAUUCUCUAGCUAGUUCUUGGAGGCUUUUUGUCUGUAACCAUGUAUUGUUGAAGCCCUUGCUACUUGCUCUUCUUCUUCUAAUCCUCCUUAUGCUGAUAGAGAUUAGUAGGAAUAAUGAUGCAAACAACUGUUGCAUGCAUAUUCGUAGAUAGAAGAUUGGGAGGGGGUAUAGAUGAUGAUAAAAUCAAACAGAGGAGCCAGGACAGAUGAAAGAUGAAGUCACUGGCUCCCUAUCAAUCAACUUGUUCUCUUGCACAAUA